GGCAUAGCAGCUUCCCCCUGGGCUAUCCUUUAGGAUGGAGAGAGACAAAUGGGUCAGCAGGGAUGCUCGAGGCUCAGCCCCACGUGCUUCAACUAAACACAUGGGGAAGGCAGCUGUAGAAACAGGGCCUGUCUCUGGAAAUGCUGCUGCACAGAGCAUUAUUGCUAAAUGCAGGGAAUUUCCCAUGCAACACAAAGAAGAGGGGAAGAAGCCCUGCCCAACACAACUUUGUUAACAUGGUCGUACACAGAUGCUUAACCCCAAGUAUUUUCAGCACCCUAAAGCUUGUGGAGUAAGCAUUAUUGGCCCUAAGAGCAAGACCCACUGACAAGCUCACAGCGAAGCAGGUGAGAAGUUUCCAGCGAGAUGGGAGACCUGCAGCUGGCCAUGGAGGCCGGAACACCUGGGUGUGUGCAGGGCACACGGGCUGUGCCCCGCGGGGCUGCUGCAGCUCCCUGGCAGCUGCACAAAACCCGGGGCCACCAAAUGCUCUCCCCAGCGCAGGACGGUCCCGGCUGCAGGGAGGCAGACUGGGGAUAAACAGAGCCAGCUCUGCCCCGAGAUGGCGCAGAGACGCAGCCUCGCCGUCCCCUACGGAGCACCCAUCCUUGCUGUUUCCUUCUUGGCAUGUGUGGCCACAGGUUUGGAGCUGUCUGUAAAUAACCAAGCUGCUGACUUCACCCUGUCUACAGGGCUCAGCCCUGCCAUCUCCCUCUCGUGCCUCGUGCACAACAGCAGCCAGGCCGAGGAGCUGCUCUGGUACCGCGGGACUGGGCAAGUGGAUCUGAAAGAUGGGAAUAAAGUGAACAUCAGCAACAUCUGCAUAUCCCCGGUCAACGAGUCUGACAACGGAGUCACCUUCACGUGCAGGCUGGCACGGGACAAGGCUGUGCAGGUGUCUGUGACCCUGGAUGUGCAGUUCCCUCCCCAGCUGAGUGGAGAGGAGACCCUCCACGUGGAAGAAGAGAAAGAUGUUACUCUGACCUGCAACUCCAAAGCCAACCCUCAAGCACAAAGCAUCUGGUUAAAGGACAACCAGAUCUUGACCCUGCAGCAAAGUCGCCACAAGCUGUACCAGACCAGUGAGGUCUUUCAGCUCUCCAUCACAAAAGUGCAGACGUCUGACAAUGGGACCUACACCUGCGUGGUGGAAUCAGGCCUGGGAAAUGGGACAAGGGAUUUCCACCUCUUUGUUGAAGAUAAAAAACCUGUUUUUCCCACGGAGGCUAUUAUUGCUGCUGCCGUGGUGGUUACAAUCACAAUACUUUUUGGAAUCGUGGCUCAAAGAGAUAAAAUUUUUAAGUGCUCCAAGAAACCAAAAGAUACAGCUCUGAGGUGAUUUUUCGUUUCUUCUGUUCAUUUUGCUGCAGGUAAAGAACUCCCAGAAAACAUCAUUUCUAGUGGUCAACCAAAGCCAUGUGUGAGAUGAUGAGAUAAAGCGCUGAAAGAGUUUUUUUGGGAUCAAGUUUAUAUGUUUUUUCAAAAUAUAAGUGGUUCUUUGCAUCUGUUGAUUCUAAGCUGCUGCUUAGAGGUCAGAACUGUUAGAACUGGUCACUGGGAACCUUUCCUUGGAGCACCAUUGAAGUGGGUGGGCUCCAUGAGAUGAUGCCGGCUCUUGCUCUCCAAGUUUAUUCCAAGAAGGAAUGCAUGUGCAGUCGGGCUUGUGGAUCAGUCUGUAGAGCAAUCUCUACUGCAUUGUGAUGCUGAUGCACACAAAUGAAGGGAGGUGUUGGGCUGACAGCUGCUUUCUGUCCUGCAGUGCCAUUCCACAGGGCGUUGGGGUGGUGGCCACCCAACUCUCUGCCCCUUCCCAAUGAUCCUGUGGGCAUCUCAGCUUCUCUUGCCAGGGCAAAAACUGCCUGGCACUCAGCAUUGCUGCUGCAUUUCUUGUCUCUGUGGCUCACCAGGGCUUGGGGCAGCCCCAAGCGCUCAAUGACACAGUGAAGUUCCAGUGUGAUCGCUCUGGCACCAUGAUGGGUGGAAAACAUCUCCAUCCAUCCCUUCCCCCAACAAAUGUGCCACUCAAGCACUUUUCUCAAGGUCCUGGCAAGCUGUUGAGGCCUCAUCACGCCUUGGAAUAGUCCAUUACUAAUACUGUCAAUAAACACUGCGUGCUGUAAAUCAA